ACACAACUCAUAUAUCUGCUCUCGCCCAAGACGCUCCAUCUUCUCCCAAGCACCUUCCAUUGUUCCAUUGCCUUUUGCCCUGUAUAUCGUCUGAUACCUCGACCAAGUACAUACUUACUAUUAGGUUACCAUCCCUCCUAAUCCCCUCAUAAUACCCGGCCUCAUCAAGCCAUACACAUCAUGUCAUCCACCUUUUCCAACCAACCUCAGGGAGUUUCUACUCUCGACAAGACCAUUAAAGAGGCCAGGACUCAUGUCUCGAAGCUCUAUGAUUUCAUUAGUCAUGCUGCAAAACCAGUGCCUACCGCAACGGGCGAUGGCACCGAGUUAAACGACACCGAUUACCAUACAGAUGCUUUUGAAGCUCUCGAGGCUGGCCUCGCUGAUCUCUCCCACAUGGGCAUCUCUGACUUUAAGACCUUGGAGCAAGCGGCCCGGACCAAGCUGACCGGCGAAGUCACGAACGACAAGACGUACUUUAUGGAGCAUUUGAUCCAGACUGCAGCGAAGCUGCCGCAAAAUCACAAGCUUUCCAAGAAGCUUACCGACACCUUCCUCACCCAGCUGUGGACCGACCUGCAGCACCCUCCCCUCUCCUACCUUGGCGACCAGUUCAAGUACCGUCAAGCGGAUGGCUCCUAUAACAGCUUGAAGCAUCCAAUGUUGGGCGCCGCAAAUACGCCCUAUGCUAGAACUGUAGCACCCAAGGCGCCCCAAGCUGCUGCGUUGCCGGACCCUGGCGUCAUUUUUGACAGCAUCAUGGCGCGCAAAGUCCACAAGAAGCACCCCAAUCAAAUCUCCAGCAUGCUUUUCUAUCUCGCAUCUAUCAUCAUCCAUGACUUGUUCCGCACAGACCAUGAAAACUUCAGCAACUCGAAGACGUCAUCGUACCUGGAUCUUUCCCCGCUGUACGGUAGUAACGCCGACGAGCAGAAGGCGAUGAGAACGUUCAAAGACGGAAAGCUUAAGCCGGACUGCUUUUCCGAGACACGUUUGCUGAUGUUCCCUCCCGGCGUUGGUGUUUUGCUAAUAAUGUUCAACCGUUUUCACAACUAUGUUGUGGAGGAGUUGGCAUUGAUCAAUGAGGGCGGCCGUUUCACUAGGCCCGCUGAGGGAGUUAGGAGCCCUCAUCUGACGUUGGAGCAACACGACGAAGAGCUAUUCCAAGUUGGACGUCUGAUCACAUGCGGGCUGUACGUGAACUGCAUCUUGCUCGACUACGUCCGGACAAUCCUAAACCUCAAUCAAACCGAUGACAAAUGGGCACUCAACCCUAGGGCCGACAUCCCCGGCGUCGAAACCGCCUGUGGUAACCAGGUCUCGGCCGAGUUCAACCUAGUCUACCGAUGGCACUCGACCAUCUCGGACCGCGACGAGAAGUGGAUGGAGGAAGAGCUUUGGCAGGGGCUGUUCCCUGGAAAGAAGCCCAAGGAGGUCAGCCAAAGAGAAUUCUUGACGAAGCUGGGCAAAAUGGAAAAGGAGACGUCCCCAGAUCCUAUCAAGCGUCCUUUCCAUAACAUCACUCGCAAGGCUGAUGGCACGUUGGACGAUGACGCACUGGUAAAGAUUGUGACUGAGGGCAUCGAGGAUUGCGCAAACUCAUAUGGCGCUCAAAGGAUUCCUACCGUCAUGCGUGCCAUCGAGAUUCUUGGCAUGCAGCAGGCACGAGCGUGGAAUGUCGCUACGCUGAACGAAUUUAGGAAGUACUUCAAGCUCGAGCCACACAGGACCUUUGAAGACAUCAAUUCAGACCCGCAUGUGGCCGAGCAGCUGAAGCGCCUCUAUGACCACCCGGACCUUGUCGAAAUGUACCCUGGGUUGAUAGCCGAGGAAGCCAAACAGCCAAUGGUCCCCGGCUCUGGUCUCUGCCCGGGCUACACUAUUUCCCGAGCUGUACUCUCAGAUGCCGUGGCUCUAGUCAGAGGCGACCGCUUCUACACCAUUGACUACCACCCGAAGCAGCUGACUAACUGGGGCUACGCGCUCGUUGAGUCGGACAAGGAAAUCAACAACGGCGCUGUCUUCUACAAGCUGUUCUUGCGGGCAUUCCCGAACCACUUCAAGCAGGAUUCCAUAUACGCUCAUUACCCGCUCACGGUUCCAAGCAAGAUGAAGCAGGUUCUCGGCGACCUUGGUAAUGCCCACAAGUACAGCUUCGACAGGCCGCAGUUCCUUGGAGUCCCCAAACUCGUCUACUCCUAUGCUGCGGCAGAAAAGGUUCUGGGCGACAAGGCAACCUUCAACGUCACGUGGGGCCCUGCCAUUGAGUUCUUGAUGGGCAAGCCCGCGAAGAACUUCAUGCUUGCGGGAGACGGCUACGGGAACGAACAAAGCCGCAAGAUGAUGUCAGACGCGCUGUACAUCAAGGAUUGGGAGAGGGAGGUCAAGGAGUACUACACUAACAUGACCACACGGAUGCUGAAGGAACGAUCCUACAAGCUCGGCGACCUCAACCAAGUCGACAUCAUCCGCGACGUCGGAAACCUGGUGCACGUCCGCUUUUGCGCCGACCUGUUUGCCAUGCCGCUCAAGACCGACGAAAACCCACACGGCAUCUUUACGGAGCGCGAGCUCUACAUGAUCCUGGCCGCGGUCUUUACGCUCGUCUUCUUCGACCUGGACAAGGCCUCGUCCUUCCCACUUCACCAAAAGGCGCUCGCGGCAACACAAUCACUCGGCAAGCUCGUCGAGAUCAAGGUCAAAGAAAUCCAGGCCGGCAGCGGCCUCCUUAACAGCGCCGCCUCAGCCAUCUUCCCGAAAGAGACUCCCCUUGCGCACUACGGCAAGCACAUGAUCGAACGCCUCCUGCACAAGAACGACGACGUGAAGGACCUCGUCUGGGGCCACAUUCUGGGUACCGCGGGCGGCAUGGUGCCGAACCAAGGCCAGCUCUUCGGCCAAACAAUCGAGUACUUCCUGAACGAGGGGAAAUCCCACCUCCCCGCGAUGCGGAAGCUCGCCCUCCGUGACGACCCCGCCAGCUUCGACACGCUGAUGAAAUACAUGCUCGAGGGCUCGCGCCUCGGCGGCGAAACGGGCGUCUUCCGGCGGGCAACGCGCAGCGCCAGCGUCACAGACGGCGAGAAGACCGUCUCCCUCGCGCCCAACGACGUCGUCAUGGUGCACCUGCGCGCGGCGUCGCGCGACCCGGCCGCGUUCCCUGACCCGGACAGCGUGAAGCUGGACCGCCCGCUCGAGCGCUACAUCCACCUUGGCGCGGGCGCGCACCAGUGCCUCGGCCUGCCCAUGAUGCGCGUCUCGCUGACGGCUAUGCUGCGCGUCAUCCUGCGCGAGUGUCCGGGCCUGCGCACGGCGCCUGGCCCGCAGGGGGCGGUGGGCAAGGUCGAGAAGCCGCUGGAUCCGGUGCAUGAGGCUGCAAAUGUCAGGUACCAUGGCUAUUUGACUGAGAUGAACGACUCGUUCUUCCCGUUCCCUUGUGCACUGAAAGUAAACUGGGAUGAUGCGGACCAGUCGACCGCUGUCAACGGCACUGCUUCCUCGUGAACUGAGCGUGUGAGCAUAGAUGGAUUGGUGGUUGGGAAAAGAGAGGGAUGAAUGAAUGGAUGAGAAGAGACGGCAGACCGUACCUCACCCUCUACACGAAUAACGCAGUAUCCAUAGUGUAACGAUACCUACGAUGCACGCCCAAUUUAGGUUUUACAUAGCAUAAGUGUAAUGAACCAAUAUUCAUACGCUCGCACUCGC